UAUAUGUAUAUAUAUAUUAUAUAUUAGGAUUGCAAAAAAGUAGUUAAAGUUUAUUGAAGUUUUUUGAAAAGUGCCACGAUUAUUAUUGAAGUGUAUAUCUUGGUUGUGAAGAGUUCAGUCCUGUUCCAAAUUCCGGUUGUAUACGAAUUAUUGACACUGAAAAGGAAACGAAACUGAAACGGCAUGUCCGAAAUUGCUAACCAACAUGAGAUCAAUCAGAGUUAUUGGUUCAAAUGGAAUGAUUAUCAGAAUCAUCUUUCUGAUGUAGUUAGACAACUUUUAGAGGAAGAUUGUAUGGUGGACGUUACCCUGGCUGCAGCUGGGGAACGCAUUCAUGCUCAUCGCAUAGUUCUUAGUGCUUGUAGCACUUUGUUUCGAGAAAUAUUGAGCCAAGUAAAUGAAGAUCAUUCAACAAUAAUAUUAAGCGAUAUAUCUGCUCAAGAUAUAAAGUCUAUUAUAGAAUUUAUUUACCAUGGAGAAGUGAGAGUUCCAGUUGAAAAUAUUAGUAGUUUGUUGGAUGCUGCACGUUCUUUAAAGAUUUGCGGCCUUAACGAAAUUGAUGGGCUUGAAGAAACUUACUCUGUUGUAAACAAUAGGAAUUUUAAUGAUAAUAACGAAGAUUCAAUGACUGUAAUUGGCAAGGCUGAAGAAAAUGUUAUUGAUGCAUUGCAACAUAAUUAUGAGGACUUAGAGAAUCAACAAAAAGAUGAGGUCAUUGACAAUUCUAUGUUGAAUAAAAAAAAGAAACGUAGACGCGAUACAACAAAAAGAGAUUAUAGCGAUGAUAUGCUAGCAUCAGCAAUCAAUGACUUAAAAGCAGGUCAAACAUUAAUAGAAGCUUCUACUAAACAUAAUAUACCACGUUCAACUUUGUAUAUGCGUGCUAAAGCAUUAGGUAUACAUUUAAACGCAUCAAGAAACGAAUAUCCUGCAGAAUGUAUGAAAGCUGCUAUAAAUGCUGUAAUUGGUGGAUCAAGCUUGCAGCACGCGUCAGAAACGUUUAGUAUACCAAAGACUGUAUUAUGGAGAAGGAUUCAGAAAGAAGGAUAUCAAAUAUUACGUUCAGAAAUGAAAAGGUCUUAUGGAUCUGAUAAACGGGAAGCUGCAGUUAAGGCUUUAGAAAGAGGGGAGAAUUUAACAAAAGUUGCACUUGAAUUUAAAAUUCCGAAAACUACUUUAUUUAGAGAUAAAGCACGAUUGGUGGAUGAAGGAAAAUUACCAUUGUCAUUUUGGAAGAAACGUAAGACAGAAAAUGAAGAAUUAAAAAGGUCUCGUUUAGAAGAAGCUGUUGCUGCUUGUAAAGGAGGAAAAAUGUCGCAAGCAGCAGCGUCAAUGACAUAUCAUAUUCCAAAAACAACAAUAUGGAGACGGCUCCAACAAGAUAGUAAAAAGUCAGAGCGUUCAUUAAACUCGAGGAAGCAAAGAAUAGCAGAUUCUAAACAUAACAUGAAGGUAGAAGAAGGAUCUGAUUUUACAUAUUGCGAGGUUUCAUCAGAAAUUCCUAUAACUUAUAUAGAUGAAAAUAGUAUACCUGGAGAUUCUGUGAUAAUAUUAACAGCAGAAGAUAUGGAUGGGCUGAAUAUAGAGGAAGAGCGACAAAUUAUUGUUAACUCAGAAUCAGGGCAAGAGUAUAUUCCUUGUGCUAUAAGUAUCGAAGAAAAUUCAAAUUAUUCACAAACAGAAAGUUAGCAUAUGAAUUAUUAUCAUUUGUCUAACACUCAUUAAUAUUUGUUUUUUAUAAUAUCUAUAUUGACAGUGACAUGUGCAUAUGCAGACAUAAUGUAUAUGCAUAAUAAAAUGUUCCGUGUAUGCGUGCAUAAGCAUAAAAUCGUUUUAGAUUUACAUAAAACGAUAUAUUAAUAAGUAUUUUCGUGUGCAAUGUUUCCUUCUAUUUAUUUAUGAAUAAAUUUUAUUAUUAUUUU